UGCGCAGUGUGUAGCAGUGCUAGUUAGAGAAGAUGGCGACGUCCAUAGAUCUGGAGCUGAAAAAGGCCUUCUCUGAGCUGCAGGUGAAGAUGAUCGACACGCAGCAGAAGGUGAAACUCGCAGAUCUUCAGAUCGAUCAGCUGACUCGAGUCCAGAAACACGCCAAGCUCACGCACGCAGAGAUCACCACGCUGCCGGACAACACGCGGCUCUACGAGGGAGUGGGACGCAUGUUCAUCCUGCAGUCUAAGGAGGAAAUCAAUAAUCAGCUGACAGACAAACAGAAAACAGCUGAUGAGAAGAUCAAAGAACUGGAGCAGAAGAAGGUGUACCUUGAACGCAGCGUGAAGGAAGCGGAGGAUAACAUCAGAGAGAUGCUGCUGUCCCGCAGAGCUCACUGAUCACAUGAUCACUGAUCACAUGACCACCCCUCCCCCUAGCGUCUG